AGCAUCAGUAUCUACCAGUGAAAUGACCCCUGACAACUGCAGCAUUAACAUUUUAAGCCCCAGGAAAACCGUCAGUGACUUCGUAGGCGAAAAAAUCCAAGAGUGUUAUUCAGAGGACAAUGAAGUGCCGUUCUGCGUGGCAAAUUUGGAUAGUUUGAUCCAACAACACAACAGAUGGAUCAUUAACCUCCCUCGAGUGAAGCCUUUCUAUGCAGUGAAAUGCAACAACACACCAGCAGUCAUCAAGACACUUUGUACUCUGGGUACAGGUUUUGACUGUGCCAGUAAGGGUGAGAUUGAGCAGGCGCUGUCUCUCGGAGCGGCACCUGAAAAAAUAAUUUUUGCACAUACAGCAAAAAUCCAAUCCCACAUCAAAUACGCCUUUACCCAUGGAGUGGAAAUGAUGACUUUUGACAGUGAAGAGGAGCUCCUAAAAAUUUCUAACUGUCACACCAGAGCAAAACUAGUGCUGCGUAUUGCUGUGGAUGAUUCCACUUCGCUGGAAAGACUCAGUCUGAAGUUUGGAGCCAACGAGCAGACAGUUGAAAAGCUGCUGAAACGAGGCAGAGAGCUGGGUUUAGAGAUCAUCGGGGUCAGUUUCCAUGUGGGCAGUGGCUGCACUGACAGUUCAGUGUACAAGCAGGCCAUAGAAGAUGCUCGGCACGUCUUUGACACAGCAAAUUCACUGGGAUUUCACAUGAGACUUUUAGAUAUUGGUGGUGGAUUCCCUGGGGAUGAAGACUUUCAACUUUCAUUUGAGGAGAUUUCAGAGGUAAUAAAUAAGUCACUGGACAAAUUCUUUCCAGCUGACAGUGGGGUGGAAAUUAUUGCUGAACCAGGACGGUAUUAUGUGUGCAGAGCCUUCACAUUAGCUGUGAAAAUCUUUGCAAAAAAGGCUGUCAUGUAUGAUCCAGCUGAACGCAAAGAUGGUGAGAAAAACCCUGACAGAAUGAUGAUGUACUACAUUAAUGAUGGAACUUAUGGAUGCUUUAGUGUCACGAAAACUGAUAAAGCCCAUCCAAAGUUUGCACCGUAUCCUCUCAGAGUGGUGAAAAGCAGUGAGCAGAGAUACUUGUCCGUCAUCUGGGGACCAACCUGUGACAGCAAGGACAAAAUAGUUGACAACUACUGGAUGCCAGAGUUCAAUGUCGGCGAGUGGCUUCUCUUCGACAACAUGGGGGCCUACACUGUUAUUGGCUCUUCUGGCUUUAAUGGCUUUGAAGGCUGCCACAUUUAUCCUUUGAUGACCACUGAGAAAUGGCAAAAGUUAAACUUUCUCACUGCUGAUCCUUGCAGAGUUCCUAACGUUGAGUAAAAGUAGCUUUGGAAUGAUGGGGAAAAGUCUCAGUGCAACUUGUACAUCAGUGGGGAAGUGUAGUUUGGCUUGUUGCUAGGCAUGACAAAUUCUUUUAACAGAUGUUGCUGGAAAGAAAUCACUUGUAGGUUUUAGCGAUAAUGAGAAUAGAAUGGACAUUACAAUCACUUAGUAUGUAUAAUCAUAGAAUUUUGUGCCUUUUGAUACAUGGUACAGUUAUGCUUAAAAUGAUCUGUACGUGCAUCCUGAUCAUUGAUAUUUUUGAUUAUACGUAUUUACCAGAUUUUUAGAACUUAAUCAGAAUUUAACUGACUGUCAUUCCGGUUUUGGAGGAUGUUUAUUUCAUCUCCUUGUCUUUGUUUAAGAAAAUCUUAAGCAUCUUAAAAAUCUUAUCAAUGUUAUCAAUAUAUAGACACACACACACAUUUAAUUCAAAUGUCAUUAUAUUGCAGAAAUUUCUCUUCACUGUGAUAUUAAAGAGUUUUGUUUAAAUUCUUGUCAAAAAAAAGCCAAGUUUUACUGACCAUGACUCCAUUUUUGAGAGGAAUAAAAGGGGAAAACGUUGUAUAUGUGUUACCAAGUUUGGGAUCACUGAAAAUUCUGUGUUGCCAGGAUUAUUAAGGUUAUCAAAACUAAGACUGAAACUAAAACUCUAUGAGAAAAAAAUUCCUUUAACU